AUGGACCAGAACUCCGAGCACGCCCUGGAAUACAAGAACAGGAAGAUGAGCAGCCAGCCCCUUCACGCCGCCGCCCUCUUCCAGGCCAAGAGCUCUCAGGAGGGCCCGCGGCGGGCAGAGGAGCUCGUGAGGAUGCUGCUGGAGGCCAGGGCCGACGUCACGGCCCAGGCCGAGUCGGAGCUGGCCGGCCAGUCGCGCAGGGUGCAGGCGUUGCACAUGGCCGCGGGGGCAGGAAACGUGGGCGUCAUCCGGUUGCUGCUGGAGCACCGCGCCGACCCCGACGCCGCGGCGGCCCUGGAGAUCCGCAAGGAGUCAGAUGAGGCACAUACACUACCUCCCCCUCCACGACGCCGCCUGGCUCAACAAGGCCGCGGCGCUCAAGUGCCUCCUCGAGCACAAGGCCAAGCUCACCGCCACCAACAACGUCAAGGGCAACGUGCUGCACAUGGCCGCGCAGCAGGGCCACGUGAACAUCGUCGACUUCCUCGUGGGCAGGGUGGCAGAACCAGUCGACGGGUGCAGCGAGACGCCCCUCGUGCUUCCUCAGCAGAUGCGCGAGCUGACGCAGCAGAGGAACAAUAA